AUGGGAGAUUCCAGCGACCCAUCGAUAUUUUACGAGUUAUUUAAAAAGGUUCGGCCCGACGAAAUCCUCGAGGACUUGAAACAGUUCGGCGUGGACGUGAAUCCCGAGGCCUUCACGAACCCCAAGUCGAAGGAGUCGCUCGGCCUCUACAGCCUCGCCAUUCAGGUCGUUUUCGGCAAAACUAGCCACGACAUUAGGCCCGAGGAGAUUUACCGGCAGCUAAUUCAGCCUCCCAACGAGUUACUAGGGGUCGACUUUUCCACCGAGAACGUGGAUUUUUUUAAAAACGGCAUCGGAAACCUGCGCCUGUGGCGGUACUGCCAGAGACUCCACUCCGUUUUGGGCCUGAAGCAGAUCCAGCGCUAUGAACUCUUCAAUCCUACUCCCAAGAGCUUCUACGACCUCAUCAGCUCCUUCGUCGUCUACCUCAGGUUCAGGGAGGCCAUUUACAGCCUCUACGAGGUCUCAGUCUCCAACUUGGACUUCCUGGCUGAGAAGGAGCUGCGUCUGAGCGAGGACAUCAUGAAUUUGAUCAAGGAGAACCAGAAGUUCAAGGGCGUGACCGCCGACACUGCCGCCGAGCACCAGCUCCUCCUAAGCAACAAGCGCGAGCUCGAGGCGAAGCUGCUCAGCGCCAACGAGGAGUUCACCCGGUUCAAGAGCCGCAAGAAGGAGCUCGACCUCGAGAUGGGCAAGAUAAAGAACCUUCUCAACGACACCAUGCUCUCCAAGAGCAAGGCUCGCUACACGUUCGACGACCUUUCCGAGCACGUCACCACCAACAUUGAGACUGCCAGCAAGCUCUACACUGAGCUCAAGGCUGAGGACGCCAACCAGCGGCAGCGCCUCGACUCUCUCAGCUCCAAGGCUGAGGACCUUCGCGCCAAGUACUCCAAGCUUCUCGAGGCAAGCUCCGUUUUCGACCGUCUAAAGGUGAAUCUUUCCGACCACUACAGGGACGUCGUUGUUCCUCACGUUGAUAGCCUCGAGUUUCUCAAGAAGGCCUCCGUUCAGAUCUCCAGGCUUAACGAUCGCAUUGCUGAGCUUACUCGUCGCCGUGACUCUCUUCUUUCUGACCUUGAGCGUCACAAGAAGGUUCACGAGGAGAAGCUCAGGAAGCUCGGCGAGGAGUCUCAGACUCGCAUUGACCAGGCCAAGAAGUUCGCCUCCGAGUCCAAGAGUGGCAACGAGCUUGUUCUUCGCAAGAUCACCGACGUCAAGUUGAUGAUUGAGCAUGUGAACGAGAAGAUUUCCGAGACUCGCGCCAACUCCUUCGACUUAUUCUCCAAGAUCGACGAGCGUCUCGAGUCUCUGAAGGAGUCUGCUUUCCUUUACAAUGAGAAGAUCCAACUUCUCAACAAGCGUUUAGCUGAGGCCUAG